AUGUUCUUCUAUCUUUUUCUUCUUAAUAUCUUUUCAUGGUUAUUAAAUGUCAAUGGAAAUGAAUGUCAAUUCUUAGCUAUGUGUAAAUGUACAAAUUUUCCUCUUUUUGCACUUAUUGAUACAAGUUAUUUGAGUAAACCACGUUCACCAUUAAAUCAAGAUUUAUUUUGUACAUAUUCAAAUGAACUUUUAAAAGAAAAAAAUACAACAACAUUUGAACAAUUAAAAUAUUUUUAUUUUCGUUUUCGUACAUUAACAUUUGCAAAUUAUCCAAAUUUACCAACAAAAGCAUUUCGUUUUGUUCAUUUUGAAAGUCAAAGUGUAAAACAAACACAUAAAGCAAAUAAUCGUAAUGUUCUUGCAUUUAUUAAUAUUGAACGUACGGAAUCUGGUUUAUUUGAAGAAUUAAGUGUCUCGGAUUCACAUGAUCAAUUAAUUAUUUCAUUUCUUAAUUCACCAUUACUUUAUUAUGCUAAUGGAGGUCUUUCAAAACUUAAUUGUUAUGAAUUAAAAUUUCUUAAUACAAAUCCAAAAAUACCUAUAGAUUUUUUUUAUCAAGCAGUUUAUAUUUAUCAUUUAAUUAUUGAUAAUCCAUCAUUUACUGGUUUUAUGUCAUCAUCAAAUUCAAAAUCUUUAUUUACUGUUGAAAUUUAUAAACUUUCAAUAAAAGAUAUUAGUGUACGUUAUUUACAAGGAAAACAUUUUCCAGUUAUUUUUAAUAGUAUGAAUGAAUUGGUAUUAGAAAAUUAUCAUGUCAAUCGUGGAUUUCGUUCAUUUAAUAAUCGUGAAUUAGCUCAACGUUUUCCAAAUUUACGAUCAUUAAAAAUAUUCUCAUGUUCAAUUCAACAUAUAAUAUCUCGAAUGUUUGAACAUUUUAAUCAAUUAGAAUAUUUAACAUUAGAUGGUAUAACUACAAUUGAAAAUGAAGCUUUUUUUAAUUUAUAUCAUUUAAAAAUUUUAAAUCUUGGUAAAAAUAUAUUACGUCUUGAUCCAUAUGCAUUUAUACAUAUGAAUACAAAUAAUCUAUUAUUAAAUCAAAGUCAUAUGUUUCAAUUGAAUGAUGAAAAACAUUUUUGUACAUUUGCACAAUUUGUACCAACAAUAGAUUUCAAAACAUUUGUUCAAUUUUCAAGAAAUCUAUCUGAUUGUUCUUGUACACUUCGUUAUUUAUAUCGUCAUUUAGAUAAAACUUUUAUGUCAUUUACACCAAAUUGUUAUUCAAAUUCAAGUUUGUAUAUUUUAACACAAGAAGAACGUAUAUGUCAUUUUGAACAACGUUUACUUCAAUGUGAUAUAUUACCUAGUGAAGGUAUUACAAUAUAUGGAAAAUAUUAUAAUGUUUCAUAUUUUUAUCAACAACAAAUAUCCAAACAAAAAUAUGAUUUAUCAAUAAUUUUUCGGUAUCGAAUUUAUUAUAUUAUUCCAUUAUUUAUUUUAAUUAUCAUAUUAUGUUUUAUUAUUCGAAAACAAAAACAACGACAUGAUAGUACAUAUAAAUAUUUAAAUCGUUUAUUAAAACGAAAAAGAUUAGCAAGAAAUGAAAAUGUUUCAACAACAGAAACAUUUGAUAUGAUUUAUCAACAUACAAAUGAAAAUAUUCAUGAUACUCAUUCAUCGAGAAUAUCUAGAUCAACAAAAGUGUAA